AUGUCUUCUCAACCACCGCCUCCCCUACCUUCCGAGGGUGGCGCCCCUGACGGUGAGGGGCAACACCACGCAUUCGACAUCAUCAGCAGGAUAACAGGCGACAACGGAGCCUCAUCCUCCAGGGAGAAAGCGGACAGCUCCGAUAUCACGUGUGCCAACUCUGAGAAGGAUAUUGACCAGGAAAGCGAACAGAAGAUCACAGCCCUAGCGCGGAACCUGUCCCACCUCUCCCAGAAGAGCAGCGCUGUAGACGGUACAAACACUUUCCUCGACGCCUCCAGUGACCCCCAGCUGGAUCCCAAUUCCGACAAUUUCAACGCCCGAAAAUGGACCAAGAAUUUCCUCUCCGUCGCCAAUCGCGACCCGGACAGAUACCCGCGUCGCACUGCUGGUGUUUCAUUCCGCAACCUGAGCGCGUUCGGCUAUGGAACCGCCGUCGAUUACCAGACAGAUGUUGCCAAUAUGUGGCUUAAGGGGUAUGGGUGGGUUCGCCGCAUGCUUGGAUUCGGGGACCGAGUCCGCAUUGACAUCUUGCACGAUUUCGAGGGUUUCGUUCGGAGUGGUGAGAUGUUGGUUGCUCUCGGGCGCCCUGGAAGUGGAUGUUCUACGUUUCUGAAAUCAAUAGCCGGCGAGACUCACGGUCUCUGGCUUGAUGAUGGAACUGACAUACAAUAUCAAGGCAUUUCCUGGGACGAAAUGCAUAGCCGUUUCCGCGGCGAAGUUAUCUAUCAAGCUGAAACUGAGAUUCAUUUUCCCAAUCUUACUGCUGGUGAGACGCUGUCCUUUGCAGCUCGUGCGCGUGCCCCGGCCAAUCGAUUCCCUGGUGUAACUCGAGAGCAAUAUGCGACUCACAUGCGCGAUGUUACGAUGGCUAUGUUGGGACUCAGUCACACGAUGAACACGAUGGUAGGGAACGAGUUUAUACGCGGUGUAUCUGGUGGAGAACGGAAGCGAGUCAGUAUUGCAGAAACAAUCCUCUGCGGUUGUCCUAUGCAAUGCUGGGAUAAUUCAACCAGAGGUCUCGAUAGCUCAACUGCGCUGGAAUUUGUAAGAAAUAUCCGCCUUUCUACUGAAUACACCGGUUCUACAGCUGUCGUUGCCAUCUAUCAGGCGAGUCAGGCGAUCUACGAUGUGUUUGAUAAAGCCAUUGUCCUCUAUGAAGGUCGCCAAAUAUACUUUGGGAGCGCCACCGAUGCCAGACGCUUUUUCAUCGAGAUGGGCUUUGACUGCCCCGAUAGACAGACUACCGCCGACUUCCUUACAUCUUUGACAAGUCCCACUGAACGACUCGUGCGACCAGGAUAUGAAAAUGCCGUCCCUCGAACCCCUGAUGAGUUUGCAGCCCGAUGGAAGCAAAGCGUGGAGCGCAAGCAAUUGCUUGCUGAUAUCGAGGCCUUCCAGAACGAAUUCCCUAUUGGCGGGAACAAACUUGAGGAAUUCAAGCGCUCUCGAGCGGCGGAAAAGUCCAAGGGUACUCGUGCUGGUUCGCCGUAUACUCUCUCCUACCUAAUGCAAAUCCGCCUCUGCUUGACCAGAGGCUUCCUUCGUCUUAAGGGCGACAUGUCCAUGACCCUCGCUACUACUAUCGGCAACAGCAUCAUGGCAUUAAUUAUCUCAAGUAUCUUCUAUAAUAUGUCACCCACGACCGACGAAUUCUUCUCUCGCGGAGCCCUGCUUUUCUUCGCUAUUCUACUAAACGCUUUCUCGAGUGCGCUGGAAAUCCUGACGCUCUGGCAGCAAAGACCAAUUGUGGAAAAGCACUUCAAAUAUGCGCUGUAUCACCCCUCCGCAGAAGCAAUUAGUUCAAUGAUUGUCGACCUACCCGCCAAGGUGCUCGUAUCGAUUGUGUUUAAUAUCAUCCUCUACUUCAUGACAAACCUCCGCCGUACACCAGGACACUUUUUCGUCUUUUACCUGUUUUCAUUUACGACCACACUGACCAUGUCCAAUAUUUUCCGCUGGAUUGGUGCAAUAUCCCGGUCUAUGGCGCAAGCAAUGGUUCCCUCGUCAAUCUUCAUGAUGAUCCUUGUCAUUUACACUGGGUUCACUAUUCCUGUACGCAAUAUGCAUCCGUGGUUCAAAUGGCUCAACUAUCUUAACCCUAUUGGUUACGCAUUCGAAUCACUCAUGGUCAACGAAUUCAGCGGCCGGACGUUUGAUUGCGGAGGCUAUGUACCCAACUAUCCCGACGCUCCUCUGUCAUCAAAGAUUUGCUCCAAUCGUGGAGCUGUGGCCGGUGAAGAUUUUAUCGAUGGUGACAAAUACCUGAAUACCUCGUUCGAAUAUUACAGGUCUCACUUGUGGAGAAACUACGGCAUCCUUCUGGCAUUCAUGUUUGCCUUUUUGGGCCUCUAUAUCAUCUGUAGUGAGUUUGUCCGGGCAAAACCCUCCAAGGGAGAGAUUCUGGUCUUUCCAAGAGGCAAAAUUCCGGCUUUCGCAAAAGAAAUCCGACGCGACGCGGAGGAAGCUGCUCCAGUUGAAAAGGCCGUCCCAGUUGGUCAGGAUGACGCAGACGAUCAUGUUGGGGCUAUCUCGAAACAAACAGCAAUCUUUCACUGGCAGGAUGUGUGCUACGACAUCAAAAUAAAGGGCGAAAACCGACGCAUCCUCGAUAACGUUGAUGGUUGGGUAAAGCCGGGCAACCUAACAGCUUUAAUGGGGGUUACUGGCGCCGGCAAGACCUCUCUACUGGAUGUUCUAGCUGACCGCGUUACUAUGGGCGUGGUGACUGGCGAGAUGCUUGUGGAUGGGCGCUUGCGAGAUGACUCUUUUCAACGUAAAACAGGUUACGUCCAGCAGCAAGAUCUGCAUCUUGAAACCAGCACUGUGCGCGAAGCGCUAAUCUUCAGUGCAAUGCUUCGCCAGCCUGCUACCGUGUCGCGGAAGGAGAAAAUUGCAUACGUGGAAGAGGUGAUUAAGAUGCUGGGCAUGGAGGAAUAUGCUCAGGCUGUAGUAGGUAUUCUGGGUGAAGGAUUGAAUGUCGAGCAGAGGAAACGCCUCACUAUUGGAGUGGAGCUUGCAGCAAAGCCAGACCUUCUUCUUUUCUUCGAUGAGCCGACAUCUGGCCUAGACAGCCAGACAGCCUGGUCUAUCUGUUCUCUUAUGCGGAAGCUAGCAGACCAUGGUCAGGCGAUCUUAUGUACGAUUCACCAGCCAUCUGCGAUUUUAAUGCAGCAGUUUGAUCGACUUCUAUUCCUGGCCAAGGGCGGAAAGACUAUCUACUUUGGCGAGCUUGGUGAAAAUAUGGAGACCCUGAUCAAGUAUUUUGAAAAGAAAGGCUCCGCUCCCUGCCCCAAGACCGCAAACCCCGCUGAAUGGAUGUUGGAAAUUAUCGGUGCAGCCCCAGGAUCUCAUGCAGAUCGAGACUGGUCUGAGAUCUGGAAGCAGAGCCCUGAACGCGAUCAUGUACGUCAGGAAUUGGCAGAGAUGAAAGCAGAGUUGUCGCAGAAUCCAGAGCCCCCCAAGGCGCCCGAAUAUGGAGAAUUUGCAAUGCCGCUCUGGUCUCAGUUUCUCAUAUGCCUCCAGCGCAUGUUUGAGCAAUACUGGCGCAGUCCGUCCUACAUUUAUUCUAAGGCCACCAUGUGUGUGAUUCCGCCGCUCUUCAUUGGGUUUACGUUUUGGCGAGAGCCAGUUACCUUGCAAGGCAUGCAAAAUCAGAUGUUCGCCAUCUUCAUGCUCCUGAUUAUCUUCCCGAACUUGGUCCAACAAAUGAUGCCGUACUUUGUGACGCAGCGUGCUCUAUAUGAAGUCCGAGAGCGACCUUCAAAGGCAUAUUCAUGGAAGGCUUUUAUGAUGGCCAGUAUCUGCGUGGAGCUUCCUUGGAACGUCUUGAUGGCUGUUCCAGCCUACUUCUGCUGGUAUUAUCCGAUCGGGCUGUAUCGUAAUGCAGGCCCUGGGGAGACGGUCGAGCGUGGCGGCACCAUGUUCCUGCUGAUUUUAAUCUUCAUGCUAUUCUCGUCAACUUUUAGCACCAUGAUCAUUGCUGGCAUUGAACAUCCAGAUACUGGUAGCAAUAUUGCUCAACUCUUAUUCUCGCUAUGUCUCGUCUUCAACGGUGUACUUGCAUCCCCAAGUGCCCUUCCCCGGUUUUGGAUAUUUAUGUACCGAGUCUCACCGUUCACCUACCUCGUGUCAUCAGUACUAUCAACGGGCUUGGCAGGAACCGAAGCAUACUGUUCUGACAUCGAGAUACUCGCUGUCCCUCCACCCGAUGGUCAGAAUUGUACAUCAUACCUUGGCCCCUACGCCGAACAAACCAUGGGGACUAUCCUGGACCCAGCCCCCAAUGGCGACUGUCGGCUCUGCAGUAUCUCUUCGUCAAAUCAAUUCUUGGCUCAGCUCAGUAUUAACCCUGACGACACCUGGCGAAACGUGGGGAUAUUGUUCGUGUACAUCGUGUUCAAUGCUUUUGCAGCCGUUUUCCUCUAUUGGUUGGUUCGGGUGCCAAAGAAGAAGUCUCAGCAGGUGAAGAAGGGCUAG